GAGCCCACGCCGGCAUAUAAGUACGAACGCUGCUUCUGUAUCAGCAGUUGACCAUUCCUUGCAGACCUAGACAGGUACCUCCACAUCCACCACCUUCGUCGUAGCCACAGCCUUCAGUCCCAGCCACAGGGACAUUGCCAUCCACAUUUACCAGCGCGGAUCAUUCCCUCCCCGGCCCCGCCCUGCCUUCUUCCUGCUCCCACCGCCAUGAAGCUCCUCAUCUUGCUGCUGACCUUGAGUGGGAUCGUGCUGGCCUCACCCAGAAACAGGGGUCCACAAGUGGUGCAGUCCGGUUUACCCCGCGUUGAUCAGCACCGCUAUUAUCACGGGGCACCACUAAAUACUCGGCAAGAUUCUAGCGACCCAAAUACCAUUUGGGUCAAAAUCGACGCCAAAGACCUUCCGCGUUUUGAAACCCAACAAGCCCAUUCACCUUCCCUUUCCCCGAGCACUGUUCAAAACCAGGAAUCUAAGGCUCAGGCCAUUCCUGAUGUUCAGUUCACUGUUCCAUCAAGACCACUACAAGCUUCAAACACAAAACCUAAACCUGUCCUUUCGGUAAGAGAUCCCCAGGUUAGCCAAUAUAGAGCAGUGUCUCAAGACACAGAAAGGAGAAAGAGACUACAAGACGCGCUGAUCUUGUCAGCUAGUAGGAACAUCCUACGUCAAAAUAGUAACAACGCUCAGCUAAUCAGUGUGCAGCCAGAACUUGAGCCUUUAUCUAGGCGUCUGCCUGACAACUACACGCUGAUCAUAGCAGAUCCAGUGGAUAACUUCAGAUGCAAUGACAGACCUUAUGGUUACUAUGCUGACGUCGAGAACGAUUGCAAGAUCUUCCACGUGUGUCUGCCUCUCCAGCAACUGUACCCCCUUAACUUCACAGCUCCCAUCACUUACCAGUUCUCCUUCAUCUGCAACUUUGAAACGCAGUUUAGCCAGGACAGCAUGACUUGCGCUUGGAGAGAUGAGGCGCUUCCGUGCGAGUUAUCUCCUGACCUGUACUUUAUGAAUUACAACUUUGGCAGAAAGGUUCCUACAGAUGAUGGCAACGGAGAAAGAUACGCCCAUGUGAACGAACAAGUCCCUGCCACCACGGGGCGCUAAGUGGAGCAUUAGGAUAGAUGUUUUCUUCGAAGAGUGUCUUGCUCUUCUACUUUGUGUAUGCUCAUCUGUCAGUCGUAAGGACGGUCAUCCAAUUGUUAGCUGUGUAUCAGAUCAACAGAAUCAACAAGACUAUCAAAUAAAUUUUUUUAGUCUAUCGAAGUUGAAAAAAGCGUUUAUUACAAUUCCUUUAAGCGACAUAGUCUGAAUAGAGCAGCAGCAUUGAUUAAAGAAAAAUAAGAAUAUCAAACAUAUACAAUGUUAUAAAACACGUCCACAUUCCUUCUGUAUGUAUGUAGAGCAUCAUGGCAGCCCAUCACUUAAGUAAACUACAAACAGCUAGUUACUUACUGCAUUAUGCCAACCCAAAUCCUUAACGUUGCACAUUUGCUUGACAAAUCCUGCAGUAUUUCAACCUAUCGAUCCAUAAUAAACUCUUGACCUUCA